GAUUCUCAGCCAUGGUCCCAGGCAAACGAAUACAUAUAUAGAACUUAGAUCAUUAACAAACUUAGAUCCCUAACAAUGUCUUUCUUCAGAUUCUUCCUUACCCUUUCUGUACUCUCCCUGCUCAGCCUUACCACUGAAGCUCAGAACAACCCAACUUACAUCUACCAUGUCUGCGCCAACACCACCACUUUCAUCAGGAACAGCACUUACCAAACCAAUCUUAACAGCCUCCUCUCUGCCUUCUCCAGCGCCACCGCCAUCAAUGGGUUCUAUAACACCACCUUUGGGGAAAACUCCAACAGGAUCUACGGUCUCUUCCUCUGCCGCGGCGACGUUUCAACCACUACGUGUCGAAAUUGUGUAACGUUUGCCACCGGAGAUGCGAUUCAGAGGUGUCCGGUUGAGAAACAGGUCAUGAUUUGGUACGAUGAGUGCUUCCUCCGCUACUCCAACGAAUCGAUUUUCUCCAUUCGAAGUGACUGGCCAACCGUGUAUUUGAUCAAUACUCAGAAUGACACGGAUCCGAUUCGAUUCAACGAGGUACAGGCGAUGGCCAUGAACGAUGCGGUGGUUCAGGCUGAAUCAGUGGCUAAAAGGUUUGCCACAAAGGAGGCUAGUAUUUCUGGGUUUGAGACCCUGUAUAGUCUGGUCCAGUGCACACCAGACCUGUCAAGUAAGGAUUGUGAUUGGUGUCUCCGAUUAGCCAUAGGACAGCUCCCUAGAUGUUGUUUUGGACAAAUUGGCGGCAGAGUAUUGAACCCUAGUUGUUUAGUUAGGUAUGAAAUUUACCCUUUCUACAAUGGAACUUCGCCUGAUUCAGUGAUCAACCCCAGCGCUAGCGGAAGUAAACCAAAAUGGAUUCCAAUCGCUGCAAGUCUGUCAGCAGUUCUUGGAUUAGCACUCCUGAGUUCUUUUGCUUUCGCCAUCUGGAGAAUGAGAAAUUCUCGAGAAGAUAAAGAAAAUAGCCAAGAGGUUCAACUACUUGACUUGAGAGGAGGAAAUUUUGUGAAUGAAUACUCAAAUGAAAAUUUUCAUGGUGAGAGGGUGGAAGGAUCCCAGGAAUUUCCUUCCAUUCAGUUAGAUAUUAUACAUGCAGCAACAAAACAUUUCUGUGAUGAAAAUAGACUUGGAGAGGGUGGAUUUGGCCCCGUAUACAAGGGUACACUAACAGAUGGUAAAGAAAUUGCAGUUAAGAGGCUCUCUAGAACUUCUGGUCAGGGGUUACUAGAAUUCAAAAAUGAAGUAAUGUUAAUUGCUAGAUUACAACAUAGAAAUCUUGUAAGACUCCUGGGAUGCUGCAUGGAGGAUAACGAAACCUUGUUGGUUUAUGAAUACAUGCCCAACAGGAGUCUUGAUGUCUUCCUUUUUGAUUCAAGCAUGAGUGUGCAAUUGGACUGGCAAAGACGGUUUAGCAUCAUCAUUGGAAUUGCUCGGGGCAUCAUGUAUCUUCAUGAGGAUUCUCGUCUCAGAAUUAUUCAUAGAGAUCUUAAAGCAAGUAACAUUUUGUUGGAUGGUGAAAUGAAUCCAAAGAUUUCUGAUUUUGGCAUGGCAAGGAUUUUUGGUGGAAAUCAAACUGAAGCAAACACAAAGAGAGUUGUGGGAACAUAUGGAUACAUGGCUCCAGAGUAUGCUAUGGAAGGACUCUUUUCUGUCAAAUCUGAUAUAUUCAGCUUUGGAGUCCUAUUACUAGAGAUCAUAAGCGGGAAGAAGAACAAUGGAUUUUAUUUCUAUGAACACUGCGAAAGCCUUCUAACUUUUGCAUGGAAACUAUGGUCUGAAGCCCAAGGAAUGCAGCUUAUAGAUCCACAACUGGCGGAGUCAUGCGUGGAGUCUGAAGUGCUCAAGUGCAUUCAUAUUGGUCUGUUGUGUGUGCAAAAAGAUCCAGUGGACAGACCCACCAUGUCAUCUGUGAUAUUAAUGUUGAAGAGUGAGACCAUAACUCUUCCUAAACCAACAGAACCAGCGUUUUUUGUUGGACGAGUUGCUGCAGAACCAGCUUUACCCUCUACAGACAACAUUGUCUGUUCUGUCAAUGAGGUAACACUUUCAAACGUGUCUCCUCGCUGAUUGUUAGUGCUUUUUAUGAUAUUUUCGAGCUUCCUAGCUUUGUACAUGUAUAUAAUGUAUUACAGCACAACAUCAAAUAAAGCUAUUUUCUUUUU